CCCAAGCUCUUCAGCUGUAUCUUCUCUAAAUUCCUUAAUUUCCUCAACAGUCUGAAUCACAAUCCUUUAUCUUUCAAUGGCCACCACCCAAGGAAUUAAUGGCACUGAGAUCAUUAACAACAUUGACAACUACAUAGUUUAUCUCGCAAAGUUUGCGGUAGAAGAGCACAACGGGAAGGAGAAUGCUCACCUGACGUUCAGCAAAGUAGUGAAGGCAACCAUAGAUCCGGUGGUGGAAGGAGUGCUUUAUUAUAUAACUUUAGAAGCCAGCAAUCUUGGUGUGCUGCAACUCUGGCAGGCCAAGGUUUGGGUCAAGGAAUCCACUGGUUACAUUGAGCUGAAAGACUUCCACCAUGUUGUUGAACUCAAGGCUGUGAACAUCAAUGAUAGCACUGAUCCCAUUGUUGUCGAGUUUGCUAAAUUUGCUGUCAGAGAGUAUAAUAGGCAGAAGAGUGCUAAUCUUGAGUUUGUGCAAGUAUUGAAAGCAAGAACUGAGCAAGUUCUUGAUGGCAAUCUUUACUACAUAACUCUGGAAGCCAGAAAUGGUGAGCUCAUAUUAACUUAUGAGGCCAUUGUUUGGGCCAAAGGCAUCCAAUACUUAUCCAUGGUUGGAAUUAGUGGACUUCAAACCGCUUUUUAAUAAGUCCUAAUGGGCAUCAGAAAGGUGGGUGUAAUGAAGCUUGAUGACGGGUGUGGCGCAAACUAUAUAUUUUAGUUAUUUCGCUUUCUGUUGGAUGUUAUGUUACCUUAUAUCUAUUGUCCUUUAAUGUAAUACUAAUAUUACUUAAUAAAGUGCCAUGACAUUGUUGAGUUUAAUUUUA